GGGUGGAAUUGAAUGCUUGAAUCAACUUUUAAUCAUGAUGAAUUUCAAAUUAAAAAAAAAUGUGGUUAAUAAAAUCUAACAUCUAGGACAGGAUGUCCCAGUUAUACGCUUCUCAAACUUGAACAACAACUUCAUUUUUUGUUGCACCAGCGAAAAGACACUUAAUUACAUUUUACAGGAUUCUAUUCAGUUAAAAGUUUUCUGUGCUCACUGAAAGACAGUGGGCAAAGAUGACUGAAGAAACCCCUUUUGCAUUUACUGGAAAUAACACCAUCGAUGGCACAAUAAUGUCUGGUUUAUCCAACCACACACUGGAAAUGCUGCAAAGUAAAAUGCUGCAAAAUGUCUUACCAGCAAUAUACUUAUUCAUCUUCAUUGUCAGCACUCCACUAAAUGUAACCAGUCUGUGGAUUUUCUGUCGGAGCCAGUCGAAGAAUCCAACAAUGGUGUUUAUGAUCAAUCUUACCGCAAACGAUUUGGUCUACAGCUUGACGCUCCCGUUCCUGGCUGUCUAUCACCUAGGAGGAAAUAACUGGCCAUUUGGAGACGUCUUCUGCUCUGUAACAAUUAUAAUGUUCUAUGCAAAUGUGAACUGCUCCAUUCUAACAAUGAUGUGUAUUAGUGUGGAGCGCUACGUGGGUAUUGUGCAUCCUCUGCGUUUUCAAAAAUGUAUGAACAUCAGAAAGGCAUUUAUUUUAUGUUUGUUGAUCUGGGUGCUAGUUUUAUCAAUUGACAUACCUUUACUUUAUACUAAGAUGACAUUCUAUGUGCAUGAACUGAACAUACUUACUUGCUUUGAUAUUUUACCUAAAAAUAUGUUUUCUUCUCAUGUGGCUUUCUAUUUGUAUUUUGCAUGCCGCUUUCUGGUUUUCUUUGUUAUUCCCAUUGUUACUAUGGUAAUUUGUUACUUGUUAAUCAUUACAACUCUUCUGCGUUCACAUAUCAAGCAGUCUACUUUUUCCAAAAAGCAGACAAUUUAUACAAUAGUAGUGUUGCUCUUAGUACUGUUAAUAUGUUUUGUGCCAAAUAAUGUGAUUCUUAUCGCUCAUUCGCUUCCAUCAAACAAACAGUACACCCUAUAUGUGGCCUACAAGCUUUCCUUAGCUUUGAGUGGCUUCAAUUGCUGUUUAGAUCCCUUUGUUUAUUACUUUGGAUCCAAAGAGUUUCGACAGAAUGUGAAGAGUAAAAUGUAUUUUCUUUUUCAUAAAAACAACACAGACCAAACUAUGAAAACCCACACAAGUGAAGUUAUCACGUUAUCUUAAAGUAUUAUUUAUUACAGGUACUUAUAUAGUGCCGUCAAUUUACGCAGCAUAUAUUGUACAUUCACAUCAGUC